AUGCCGCUCAUCGAUGAGACGGGCAUCACGUCUGAUACGAAGGAGCUGUGGAGGCCUUCGUCUCCUGAAUCAACUCUAAUUUUCGACUUCAUGACCAAGGUGAACAAGAAACAUGGCCUGACCUUGAACAAUUAUGAUGCUCUAUGGAAGUGGAGUGUUUCCGAGCCUGCCCGAUUCUGGGAGGAGAUCUGGCACUACACACACAUCAAGGCUCAUAGGCCAUAUACAAGCGUCCUAAAUUCCACAGAGCAAAUGUUUCCGCGCCCCGCAUUUUUUGAGGGUAGCACUCUCAACUUUGCUGAGAAUCUAUUGUAUCCGGCCUCGGCGCCAGAUGAAGAUUCAAUUGCCAUCAUUGGCGCCACAGAAGCAAGUCGCGAGUUCGUCUCGUGGAAGGAGCUGCGUGAGCGUGUUCGCCGAUGUGUCAACGCACUCAAAGAAGCAGGCGUCAGGUCGGGUGACAGGGUGGCGGGCUUCGUCGGAAAUCAUGCAAACACUGCUGUGGCAAUGCUGGCCUCGACUGCGAUUGGUGCAUUCUGGACGGGCGUCUCUCCCGAUACGGGUGUUCAUGCUGUGCUUGAGCGUCUCAAACAGAUUGAGCCAAAGAUUCUCUUCGCAGACAACGCUUCGCUUUACAAUGGCAAAGUGCAUGGCUCUUAUGCCAAGGUGAGCGAAAUUGCCUCCCAGCUACCUGAUCUGGAGCUCCUUGUGGUGAUUGAGACGGCUCAGUCUGUCGAAUUCAACCUGCAAGGAGUGAGCCCGACAAAUGGAAGAGCCAUGACUUUCGAGGCAUUCCAAAAGGCUGUCCGCAAUGAGAACGCGCCCCUCGAGUUUGCAAGCUUCAGUCCAGAGCAUCCGGUGUAUAUUCUCUACUCUUCAGGUACCACCGGGGCUCCAAAGCCGAUCGUUCAUGGCGCACUUGGAACGCUUCUUCAGCACAAGAAGGAACAUCUCCUUCAUUGUGAUAUCCGACCUGGUGAUCGACUGUUUUACUUCACAACCACCACAUGGAUGAUGUGGCAUUGGCUCGUCUCAGGGUUGGCCAGCGGUGCUACUAUUGUGCUCUACGAUGGGUCUCCCUUCCGACCAUUCGAUGUCGAGGGUGGCAAUGGAGAGAUGGCCAUGCCCCGUCUCAUCGAUGAACUAGAGAUCACCCACUUUGGAACCUCGGCCAAAUACUUGUCCAUGCUUGAGCAAGCGGGCCUGAACCCGCGCAAGCAUGCGCACCGACCGGUUACGCUCAAUACCUUGAGAGCGAUCUUUAGCACCGGAUCGCCUUUGGCUCCUUCCACAUUCGACUAUAUCUACUCGUCCAUACAUCCCGACAUCAUGCUAGGCUCCAUCACCGGCGGAACAGACAUUUUGUCAUUAUUUGCCUCUGGGUGCCCCAUUCUUCCCGUCUACAGGGGUGAGAUCCAAUGUCGGUCUCUCGGAAUGGCAGUUUCAGUCUUCGAUUAUGCUGGAAACGACAUCAGUGACUCGGGUGAAGCGGGAGAUCUCGUCUGUAUCACCCCCUUCCCUGCACAGCCGGUCAUGUUUUGGCCUCCUGGUCCCACUGGCCUGGAGAAAUACCGGAAGAGCUACUUUGAUAUCUUUGGCCCAUCAAUCUGGCACCAUGGAGACUUUGUGCGAUUGAAUCCUCAGACUGGCGGCGUUGUCAUGCUUGGCCGCAGUGAUGGAGUGCUCAAGCCCUCAGGAGUGCGAUUUGGAAGUGCUGAAAUUUACAAUGUUUUGUUGAAGCACUUCGCUGAUGAGGUGGAGGACUCCCUCUGCAUCGGUCGCAGGCGAGACGGAAUCGACACCGACGAGACGGUCGUUCUCUUUGUCAAGUUGGCGCCUGGAUGCCCUUCGGAUUUGAAAGCUCUCUCCGCACGAAUCCAGGCCAUGGUUCGUAAAGAGCUGAGUGCACGCCACGUUCCAGGAAUUAUCGAUAUUUGCCCCGAGAUCCCAGUCACGUCUAAUGGCAAGAAGGUGGAAAAUGCUGUCAAGCAGAUUUUGUGUGGCCUGAACAUCAAGAUCGGGGCCAGUGUCGCGAACGCCGGCUGUCUUGAUUGGUAUCGCAACUGGGCCUUGGAGCAUUCAUAA